AGGAUCUUCAUCGGGGACCAUCACCGGGUUUUAACUUACGGUUUCCAAUGUGAAAUAAGAGUGUGUUAUCAGUUGUGAUGACUGUGUCUGAACCACAUAUGGAGCUUAAUGAAGAGAGUAAUCAAUUCAAUGCUGAGAAGUUAUCACCAAAGAAAGAGCAAAGUCCUGGAGGAGAUCAUGAAGAAUGUGGUCUUACCAGUGCUAAUACAAGUGAGGAAACUGUGACUUCAGUUUCUGGUGGUGAGGAGUUGGAUGUUGAUAUAGUUGAAUCUGAUGAAAACAACACAUCCACCACUGAUGAGGACCCUAACGCUACUGAAUACUCAAGCUCAUUUUCCGACACUGCAUCUGAGAAUGCUGACAUGUUGCUUGAUGGACUAACCGGAGAAGCUGAGGUUGAAUCUCAUUAUUGGGAUGAAACCGAUCUAGGACCUGCUUAUGAUUCUUUUAGCAGCAUUUUUCAUUUUAGGAAGAAAAGGCUAACUAAUCACUGGAGGAGAUUUAUCAGGCCACUGAUGUGGCGAUCCAAGUGGGUUGAGUUAAGAAUUAGAGAGUUAGAGUCUCGGGCAUUGGAAUAUCCGAAAGAGCUUGAGUCAUACGAUCAAGAAAAGCUUGAAGCUAAUAUUGAUCCGUCUGUGUUGGAAAGUUGUGGUGAGGGGAUAAAGUCAUUGCCUUUUUCUAAUCCGUGUUACAAAAAAAGAGCAGCAAAGAGGAGAAGAAAGCGUAAGAAGGUCGAGAGCACAGAUGAUAUAACUUCAUAUAUGGCAUGUCACAACCUCUUUUCUUAUAUCGAGACCAAGAGAUUGAGCUCAGAUGGAAUGGGAUUGGCUGAUGACUUUGGUGAUGCCAAAGAUCCACAGAGUGAUUCAAAGGAACCGGUAGACUUAGAUGACGAUGACUCACUUUUUCAUCACCGAGAAGGAGAUAAUGUCUUAGAAGAGGUUCUCUGGAAAAUCGAGUUGGUGCAUUCGCAAGUUCAUAGAUUGAAAACCCAAGUUGAUGUUGUGAUGUCCAAGAACGCAGCAAGGUUCUCUUCCUCAGAGAAUCUGAGCCUUCUUGCUGCAAGUUCUGCGCCUAGCCCAACGGUUUCUGCUGGAGGAAAUGGAGAUGUGAUCUCCAUUGGAGCAAUUUACAACGCUUCACAGCAUAUGGCAGAUGUUCUUGGUGAUUUAGUUUUCUCAUCCGAAGGAGUGAUUUCGAGCUAUGGGGAUGCAUUUCAUAUUCCUGACAUAAUUGAAAGUACUGUUGGUCUUUUCGCCGACGCUGAUGUUACUUUACAUCAUCCCCAGAUUGGAGAUUCUUGUGAAGAUAUUUUGGAUAAUAUCUUGAUUCGAAAUGGAGUGGCUGAAGAAAUGAAUUCUGAUUUGAUGGAAACUAGUUGCCAUGACGAAGCUGAGAAAGCAGAGGAAGGAGAAGGAACCAGUGUGCCGCCAUUGCAGCAAACUGAAGAGACAGAACAAUAUAGCCAAGAAGAGAAAUCUUUGGUACUACAAGGCCGUGAAGAUUCGGUUCUUAGAUCAUGCUUAGCUUCUGAAAUGCUUGUUCCUAGGAACAAAAGGACAAGAGGUGGAGAACGUAAAGCAAGUUCUUGGUGCAAGAAACAUCUCAGCGAUCCUGAAAGCCAGUGAUUGAUGAAAAAACUCAGUAAGCUUUUGAUGAUCAGAGUCUUUCCUUUUUGAAUCUCCCUUAAAUCAAAGCGACUAUUUCUACUUCAAUCUUUUGUUUCUAAACAUUCUCCUAGAUUUUUCUCUAUUUCUGCAGAAUCUGUGUGUUCACUGUACUUUGUUUUUUUUUGUUUUGUCGUAUCAUUUUCUUCUUUAGCUUCUUUUCUGUUUUAUGAUGAUGAAAAGUUAGAGAGAUGACACAAACUGUGUAUAAUAAAGCUUUAGAUUGUAG